AUGAAGCACGAAAGGCAAGGUUCCAAUAAUCAGAUGGCCUUGUUAAGCUCAACACUGCGGGAAAGGGGUGAUCAGAACCUUUUUGACAAUACCGUUGGAGUGGUUUUCCUUGGAACACCAUUUCGUGGCACAGGAGAAAACACCUCCCUGGGCAUUCUCCAUUCCGUCGUGGCUGCAGGCUGUGAAGUGCAGCCGGCAGUGCUGGAACAUCUACGUCGCGAAGAUCCCACACUCUGCUAUGUAGUCCAGGAGUUUAUCCGCUUGUGCAAAGAGGAUGAGCUGGAUCAUUUGAGCAUUGUUUGCUUCUAUGAGCAGAAAGAAUCAAAGGUCGGACGCGUUGUCGGUAAUGACGGUCUCAGGGAGUUUGUUGUCGACAAGACGUCCGGAACCAUCGAUGGUUAUCCCAACUUUGGGUUGGGUCUUGAUCACUUCCAAAUCAACAAGUUUCCUGCACCAGAGAAUGUCUAUUAUAGGCGAGUUGUUCGAGAGCUGGGGAGCCUGUAUGAGAAACAUAAAUCGAAAUGUACAGCGUUAAAUCGCUUCGCUGGGGAGAGAGCGGUGGUGCCGUUUGAGGCAGCAUGUGUUCCCAUCUCGGCAGGACAACAACGCCUGCCUGAAAGUUCGGGGAAGGAACCGACCAGAACAGCCCUCUCGACAAGAGAUCGAGAAAUGGACCGCGUCCAUGUAAUUCAAGAUGCUGCUGAUAGAACAUGUGAAUGGUUAACGACACAUCCUAACUACAAAUGUUGGCUCCGGGCUCGAUCCAGUCUUCUGUGGGUCAAAGGAAAGCCUGGAGCAGGAAAGUCCACUCUAAUGAAAUACGCCAUUCGGCAAAAUAACCACGCACAAGCCAGGAUUUCUUGGUUCUUUUUCAAUGCCCGAGGGUCACCUAUCGAGAAGAGUCCUCGUGGUCUGUAUCAAUCCCUGCUGUAUCAACUCCUACCUCACACGCCGGGGCAACUCUCAAAAUUAUCUCUUAUUUACGAAGAAAGAAACAAUACAAGAGGCGAUUUCGGGACGAAAUGGAGUUGGCGUGACGGAGAGCUGAGAGAGUGGCUGACAGCUGUCCUCCUCACGCCGGUCACAAAAUCCAAUCGCAUAUACGUUGAUGCCCUGGAUGAGGCAGGUGAAGAGGUCGCUGUUGAGCUUGUGCAAUACUUCCAAAGCCUGCUCUCGAGAUCCCGGCAAUCGAACAUUUCUCUGCAUGUUUGCUUCUCCUGUCGGCAUUACCCGAUCAUUUCCUUGUGCAAUGGUCUUGAAAUUUGUGUUGAAGUUGAAAAUCCGACUGAUAUUGAAAAUUAUGUCCGGGGGAGAUUUGAACUAAUUAACGUAGCCAACGGGGCAUUUCAAUGGAUCGUUCUUAUCGUCCCACAAGUAAUCUGGCAAUGCCGGAAAGGAGUUCCUCUGCGUACAAUCCAACACAACAUCAGGAGAUUACCGCAAGAGCUGCACGACCUCUACCGUGAGAUUCUGGGUAGCAUUCCCGAUGAUGAACGACCUUAUUCAUUACGGCUAAUGCGAUGGAUCUGUUUUGCGCUCCGACCUCUGUCCGUGCGAGAGAUGCGUUUCGCUAUUGUCAUGGAUCCCGAUGCACCAUACCACUCGCUCAGAGAGUGUGCAAGUUCUGUCGCGUAUGUGGACACAGAUGAAGACAUGGAAAGGAGGAUUAUAGAUCUUUCAGGAGGCCUGGCGGAGGUUAUUCCUGGUGAUGAUCGCAAAAUAAUACAACUUGUUCAUCAAUCGGUCAGCGACUACCUCGUUCAAGGCGGCAUCCAGCUCCUUGAGAACAGGCCGUCGGGCAAUGUUCUUGCUCGAGCACACCUCGAAUUAUCGUGGUCAUGCGCCUGGUGUCUCUGUAUGGACGAGUUUAGAGUUAUACACAACGCCAAAUCAAGGAGUGUUUUGGAAAAUAUCCAUCUUAAAGAUACGUUAUGCGAGAAGUGUCCACUGAUAUUAUAUGCAAUAGAGUCAUGGAUUCCACACGCUGUACACGCGGAGAAGCACCAUGCACCGGAGAAAGAUCUGCUGCGGUUAUUUCAGACUUCAUGCAAAUGGUUGCAACAAUGGAUCAAGUUGUUUCUUAUAUCCGGUCUCUCGAAAAGGGAAAAUGAUUACCCAAACGGAGUAACCGUGUUCCAUAUUGUCGCGAGAUUUGGUCUCAGCAGCACCCUGUCUACAUUUCUUACCACAAACAACUCAGAAGUGGACGCUACAGAUUCGUAUGGACGAACCCCAUUAUCACAUGCAGCAGAGAACAGCCAUGAGGCAGUGGUGAGGCUUCUUCUAAACUCGAAGAAUAUCAACAUCAACUCCAAAGACGACGAAGGGUGGACACCACUAUCCCGCGCCGUGGCAUACGAGAAGGAAGCCGUAGUAAGGCUGUUGCUAUCCCGUAGGGAUAUUGACAUCAAUUCUGAGGAUAAAUACGGAAAGACGCCACUGCAUUUGGCUGCGAUUGGUAAAAAUGAGGUUAUAGUAGAACUGCUUCUAACCCACAAGGGUAUCGACAUCAACCCCAAAGAUGUGACUGGACAGACGCCACUGUUUUUUGCGGUGAAGAACUCGAACGAGACGACGGAAAGGCUACUCCUACGCCAUAAGGACAUCGAUAUAAACUCCAAAGACAAAUACGGGCGAACAGCACUAUUCCAUGCAGCAGGGCUUGAAAAUGAGGAAUUGGCCAGACUGCUUCUGGCCCACAAGGGUAUUAACGUCAACGCCGAAGACAGACAUGGGAAAACACCACUAUUCCAGGCAGUUGAAUUUGGAUCUGAGAAAGUUAUCAGACUGCUUCUGGCGCACAAAGAUAUUAACGUCAACGCCAGAAACAGAUACAUGCAAACACCACUAUACGAUGCAGUUCGGCUUGGAAGAAAGAAAGCGAUCAGACUGCUUCUGGCCUGCAAGGAUAUUAACAUCAACGCCAAAGACCGCGACGGGCGAACACCACUCUUCCACGCAGUUCGCUGUAGAAAUGUUGAAGUGGUCAGACUGCUUCUGACGUGCAAGAAUAUAGAAGUCAAUUCAAAGGACUGUUCUGGACAAACAGCACUUUGGAUUGCAGUAUACAACAGACAGACAGAUUCGGUCAGACUCCUGGUCAAUCACCCCCACAUCGACGUUAACAGCGAAGAUAAUCAUGGGUAUACACCACUGAUACUGGCUGUAAUAAUCGCGAGCGCUGAUGACUGGUCUGAGGACGACGUGAGAAUCGUAUUGAAGAUCUUAUUGAGCCAUCCAAACAUCAACGUCGACUAG